AUGCCGUCAACUUCGAACAGCCUUGCGGUCAAGGUGGACGAUACCAUGAUCAGAGAUACCCAAGAAGAAGAAGGUGAUCCAGAAGAAAACAACGGUCGGUUUCGGACGGAGACGACGCAACCGGACCCCUUUGCCGCUCCGUUUUCCACCCCACCUCGUCGAGGCGGGAUCUUCUUUUCUCCCCCGAGGAGCUUGGACACACUUACCGCCAAGCGAACCCGAUCCGAAGACCUGACUCGCACCAUUCAUCGUGUUCGACCGAGGGACAAGACUGAGACCAUGCUGAGCGCGGACAGCCACCUUCGCUUCUCGUCCGCCUUCUCGCGGGCGGUCAACCGCGGCGAUAUGUGUCUUGAUCUCAAUUACUGGUCAAGCUGUGGCCAAGAUAGCAGUCUGACUGAUCAAAGCGCUCAAUGA